GACUGGUUUCAUCAGAAGCAUGGAGCUAUAAACAUAAGACAUCUAUACAUGGGAGAUGUCUGCUCAAGUACAGAAAAUCUAGAAAAAGGGACAAGAGUAAUUGUUUCCGUUAUUGAGAGUGAGAAAGCAAUUAAAAAUGAAAAAUACGAAUGUGAUAAGGAAAUCUUCAAUGUUGUUUAUAAACUUUGGGAUGAAGUUUCCGUGCCGGAAGAAAGAAGGAAAGGGAGAAAGCAUGAUCAUGAAAAGAUAAAAGAGAUCAACAGCUACCUGAAAAAAAAUGCCGACUCAAUUUGUAGACAACACUCAAACAUUGAAAUCAUCCGUGGAUCACUAGUUCGAAUUAAAACUAACAAGGCUAAGAAAGUUCAAACAAUAUCUGAACCCUGUAUAGCAAUAUAUUGUUCCUAUAAAGGUGUUGUACCCAUCGGUGAAAAAGAAUUUCCUCGAGUAAUGGAUGGAUACGCUACGGAUAUAAGGGAAGGUUUUUUCCAUCUGCAUAAAAACUAUGAUAUUUAUGCAAACUCGGAUGAUCUGCUUGAACCAUUACGAAUGGGUGCAAGCAUAUCAAAAGAUCAAGAUGGAACAGGAAAAGGAACUCUUGGUGGAUUUGUUGAGUUGAAGAAUGGCCGCGUUGGAUUUUUAACCUGUGCCCAUAUUUUUCAUAAUGCAGAAGAAAUGAUGCAACGUCCCUUAGAUAUUCCAUUUCCUAUAGUGCAACCAUCUGCAUCCAAAGAAGGAUCACAACGGUGUGGCAAGAUAUUAAAAUCAGCUUUUCCUUUCUCUACCAUUGUAGACGGAGUCAGUGUAGAUGCAACAGUUGUGGAGUUAACUGAACGGGUUCCAGACAGAGCACUGUUUGCAAACCUGACGACGGCGCGAUUGAAAACACUUGGAUUAUCUAGAAGCAGGAUUCCACGAGUUUGUUGUGGUAAAAUGCGCUCUAUGGAAGAAGCACAAGAUCGUCCGAAUGAGAAAGCUUUGAAAUGUGGCAUGGAGUCUGGAUUAACUCUUGGUGGAGUGGAAGAAAGCGAUUCCUAUGUCAGACUAAGAAAUAUAUCUCCCACAGGUCAACGCUUUUAUACCAUGUAUAUGUCACAACUUGCAAUACGCGGUAGAGAUGGCACUCGAUUUUCUAAAAAAGGAGACUCCGGUGCUCUGGUUUUCCAGUUUAAGGAUCUACAUAAUUUAAAAUGUAUAGGCAUGGUCGUUGGUGAGGGUGGCGGUUUUUCAUAUGCCACUCCAAUCACAUCUGUCCUUGAAGCACUGAAAGUGAAGCUCAAAGAUUUUCAAUCCAAAAUAAAAGGGACCUCAAUAAAGCAUUGGAAAAAAUACUUAUUUUAUUAAGGAAAAGGUGAUCAAUGGACAGGGUUUUUUUUUAAACUUCAAAUUAAUUAAGGUUUAGAUUAUUUUUAUCUCAUGAUCAACAGUUCUACCAGAAGAUAGAUUGUUUUUGAGAUUGCUCGUGAAAACAAGAAAGUCCAGUCUCAGCAAUACAUGUAUUAGUAUUGUAUUUGCGUUAACAUUUACCUUCACACGAAAGCAUCUUUAAAUACCUUUAUACACUUUCAAUCAAAUCUGGAAUUUGGGUUGGGAUCACGGUUUUGCAUCGGAAUAAAAGGUGGUGGAUCUUUUUGUCUUUCAUUGAAUUGUAUAUUUUCAUGUUUAUUUGUGACGAUCUUUGUACAUAUAUAUUUUUGCGACGCAUCUUUUCAGAAUCAUUUUCAGGAACAUAAGUAAAUAAGCUACUAUCUUUAAAUUGAAAUUAAAACUGAAAAUUAAAUGUGAAAUUAUAUCAAUCACUUUGAAUUCUUUGAAAAGCUUAAGUGAAUGUGAAAUCUUAGAAUGCACCACCUUCAGUUUUGAUACCGUCUUGUGAUUUUAUUGGAGCAAUACCAUAUUCAUAAAUUACAGUUUCUCGUUACAGGUAAGCAAAUAUAAGUUAAAGAUGUACAUACAAAUUUCACAUUAGAUUCUUUGCCAUGAUGGUCUCAGUAGCAAAUUUUUACAUAUUUUAAUUAUUAAUUUAUGAGCACAACUUAUUAGUAUCUUUUGAUACAUAAGUAUUUUUACAACUUAUUUUUUUAGUAAUUUCUUCACCAUUAUUUCCUUACCCAUUUACACCGGUUCCUUUGAGAAUGAGAUUAUGAAAUCGAAACAUAGUUUACGGACAUGAUCAUCUACUCAUGCCACGAUUUGAUUCAGCAUAUUCUGCUCUCUCCUACCAGAAUGAAAGAGGGUCACACAUUUUGUCGUGGUUUGUGGCAAUGGGACAUUAUUUGAUAUCUUGUUUGAUAUAACAGGAUUAAGAGUGAGCUUAGGUUCAGACAUUCUAAGUUUAUUUGCAAAUUGUAUUCAUUUGUAAGUACCGAUGUUUGAAUGUUUGUAAAAUAAGUAGGAGGUCUGACAUUUAAAAAGUUAUUUUCUAUGAUUGAAAUGACCAUACAUGACAAAUGCUUCCCCUUUUCUACUAAUAGUGGAAAAAGAGAGGUUUUCUUAAUUGAGUCGUUGCGUCAAUGAUAUAGUUUUCCAAUUUAUCAGAUAUACAACACAGAAUCACUGUUUCUGAAAAGUAGACGAAUUCUAUAUAAUACGGAUCAACCCAUGAUGGUUAACACAAAAGUUUCUAAAACAGACUACACCCUAUAGGUUCUUUUAUUUUUUCCUGAAUCUCUGGAAAUCACAUCCUUUAUUUAUCAAAAUAUAUAUCUCUAUCCAUGUUUUUCUCAUACUCUCUCAGAAAUAAGAUGGUCUAUGAACUGUCUUGAUUUGACGAUGACAUAUGUGUUAUAAUUAGUUUUUGAUACAUGUAUAUAAUUAACAACUCUCAAGAGAGCUAACUGGUUAAUUAACAUUCCAUAUGAAAAAUCCAAAUUUUCCGAUAUCGAAUGCUUUUUCUUUAAAUGUUUUAUAAUGAAUUCUUGUGAACAACCAAAAUAUUCUUAUGCAACAAAAUAUUGGUUGCUUUAAGCUCAACCUGAAAUAACCAUUUUUAUCUGAUCACAAUUUCUUCUGUUGUCAGUCUGUCUGAAAACGUUUACGUUUUCAAAUUCUUCUUUAUAUAAGCUCAGGACUUUUUGAUAAACUUCGCUUAAUACAUGCCUGGGUAAAAAGGAUUAAAAGAUGUUCAAUUCAAGGUCAUUCUUCCUCAAAUGCGGACAUAAUUUAAAGUAAUUAAAAAUUUAAUGUCAUCUUUAAAAAAAAAUGAUCAAGAGCCACUGGGCAAGAAAAUAUAAAAGGAUCCUCAUUUAGCACAGAUUCAAAAUUGCUCAAUAACAUGACCUCCAUGGAUGAGUGGGACCACAAUGGAAAAUCAAUUUUUUCAUAGAUUUAUAUAGGCAAACUUGUUUUAAAUUCCCUUUAAAAAUUUAAUUAUAACUGAUUUAUUUUUUGUGGAAGCAUAUUCCAUUAAAAUAGCCUAUCAGAUUUGUUCGAAAAUUGGUAGAAUUUGGCCACAAUGGGCAAUCAAAUUUUUCAAAUAAGAAUUAAAGCACAUAUGCUUCUAAAGACCACCAACGCGACGAUAAGUUAUAGUUUUAUGAAAGCAUCCUUGGGAAGUUUGGAAUAAAAGUUCUACACAUCAUUACCCCUUGGUUAGUCUGUGGCCACAAUGUACUUGUACAAUGUACAAAGUACUUGUAAUGCAUAGAGAACAAUCCCUAAGAUUUCUUAAGAACAACAGCUCAUAUAUAGUUCAUAUUAAGCCGAUAUUGAGGCAUCCGCAGGUUGUAAUUAAUUAUUUUUUUCAGGAUUCGGAUGCCCCCACAAUGUACACGUUUUACAAAAGAAAUAAUCUGCUGCUUAAAACAGCAGGGCCAUAGAUAAUCAGGUGUGCGUUGUGACUCAUGGUCUACUUGUUUUUUUAUGACCUAUUCCACUCCUGAAAAUGGAGCUUUUUUUUAAAAUAUAGAUUUUUUUGUAUUACACUGUGUGUUUCAUUUUUUGUAGUAUUUCGUAAUAACUUCCAUUUAUUGUAAUUGGGUGACUUGUUUGUUUAGUAUGAGGUAGGGUUUUAUUUCGUUGUAUUCAUCAGGUAGAGAUUGUCCACAUAAAUACACCAUAUACAUAUUGGGUACUCAUUAUUCAGAACAUGCACUACAGCAAAAAGGAAUUCAAUAUCGGCUCAUACCUGUACGUGGUCAGUAUUAUUCAUAUAUAGCGAUGUUCAUAUUGGUUUAACUCAUUGUCUUUCGGUAUAUAUAAGAUUGAUUGCAAGACAUAUCAAAUUUAUAAAAUGUGAAAAAAGAAAUUUCGACAAACGUUAAUUUUAUUUAAAAUUGAGGAACACAUGAUGACCAUAUAUAGGCAGAUCACGUGGGUACCUAGAAAGUCAGCAAGUUAUCGCAAUGUCAUAGAAAUUGUUUCUGGGGAUUACAUCUGUGCGCACUCUGAAAUCAUCGGUUGCAGUUUCUUCUAGAUAUUUUUUGCUAAAUUUUAUAACUUGUUUUCUUUCAAAGUACAAUAUGUAAAUGUGUUCAAUAUUAAUUAAUUAACAAUAUGCAUGUCUCUUAUUUUAAUUUUUGUAUUGUAAUUAUUUCAAAAGUUAACGCAACUCAACUAAGACAUGGGAAAGUUUUUAAAUGUUAAAAAUUUUUAAUUGUGUUUUCGUUUUUCAGGAUGUUCUUGUUAAAUUUGUUAUUUUAUUGUAAAUAGAGUUGCGGUUUCUUCGGAAUAAACUCUUUUACUUUUGUCAGGUGUCUUCUUUUACGAACUCAACAAGCUAUAUGCAACAAUUAAAAUAUAGACAGGGUUUCGUUAUAAUCAAA